UGGGGUGCGAUUGUUUUUGGUUUCGGGUGGCGCGCGUGCAAGGACGAACAAGGAAAUCUCGAAGGAAUCUCGUCACCGGACGGACGGCGGAGGCUGAUAAGCGCGUACCAAAGGACAGCCAAGAUGGCCUCAUAGACACCGCGAGUAGCGGCGGCAUCCCAUUUCUCUCUUUCCCUCUCACCGUGUUGCUCCUAUCGGGCCAUCCUUGUCGUGUCGCCGACACGCAAAAUUUGCAAAUCUAGCCGGCGACGAGCGGCACGUAAAAAUGGCGCGCAGUAAUCCGAGUUUCUUUCGUGGUGGAUUUUCGUAGGAAACGCGUUCGCGUUCGCGGAACAUACGUGGCGCCGAGUGUCGUGAGCAGAAUGAAAUUCAGGCGGUCGUUGACGUUGAUUUUACUGCAUUUUUAGAUGGGGAGUUUGUUCGAAAGCAUCAUCAGUGUUUCCAAUGUGUGUUUCAAAAAGUGUUCAUGAAAUGGUGUAGAGAAAGUCAGUGAGGAAAGGAGGACGCCCGGAAUACGCUACGGAAAGAGGGGGACCAAGCAGAGAAGGAAUGGUCUCACCCUCGAAGGCCAAACUUUCCAGGAUCGCCAGUCAGCAGUCGCAACAACAGCAACAGCAGCCGGAACCGGAGCCGCAGCGGGAGCCACCUCAACGAAAGUCGGUUGCUUCAACCUCUUCCGCAACUUCGAAGAGUAAGGUGAAGCUUGUGAAGGGCUCGAAGCCGUUGAUUCACCAUCGAUUCUACCUGGACAUUGAACGGCACCAAGUGGCCACGAAAAUCGAAUCCACAAUCAAAGAGCUUGGUGGGACGGUCGAGUUUUUCCUGAGUAAAACUAUAACACAUUUCAUUACCGAUAAGCAGCAACCGGUGGACAGUACCGGAGGCAGCGUAGCUGUUGUUGCAGCACAGACUGGCGAAUGGAAUGAGGAACAUCAAUCUCAAGCAACAACAACAACAACACCUGGAGCUAACGCAUACCAUCGUAUCGCAGUAGCUGCAUCGCCGAGCAGUAGCGCUCCGGCUACUAGAUCGUCGUUAACGAACGUAGCCAACCGCAGAUCUCAGCAGGCUGGGCGGCGUACCAGUGCACGGAAUACCUAUCAUACCCAUCAUCCGACGCCCCGGCAAUACAACCGCGGUCAAUAUGUAAAUGAUAUCGGAUCGGCGACCAGUCGUACAUCGUCACCAUGUCCACCACCGGCAUCCACAACACCUACACCACCGCCAGCAACGUCGAGUACUGCGUUGGCGGGCCAUGUGCGUCAGCAGAGGCAGAAGCAUCAGCUGGGGGCAACAGCAAUCGCCUCCAGCAGCGCCGGAGGUGGCAACAGCCCUUCCACUGCAGCAACGCCAUUGGCGACGGCGACGCUAGGGUUUGAUGGAAGGGUUAAACCGACCCAACCAGCAGCAGCAGCACUUCCACGCAGCCGCGCGGAUGCUAUGCUACAGCGUGUUCGCCAGCAGCAGCAGCAGCAGCAAAACCAGCAGCACCAACCACACCAUCAGCCAUCGUAUCAUCUACUACCUUCGUCACCACUGAAAUACAACAUCUCUUCGCCAUCGGCUGUGACCGCACUAGGCAACAGCAGUGCUACACCGAUCAAGCGAACGGACACUCCAUCACCAUCGACGUUCAAUAAUCCAUCCUCGCACCACAAGCAACAACCGGCGAGCCCCUGUUACAGUCCUGUACCUGCGCCUGGUGCUGCUGGAGGUGAAGGGUGGUGGGAAAAUGUGACACGAUCAGUGUCCACCCACCCAGUCCAGAACAGCCCCAUACAGCUAGCGAGCUCCUGGGGUACGCCAGUUUGGAGUCCAGAGCAUGCACUCAAGUUUCUGCGUAAAGUGCUCGAUUCGGUGCGCAACGAAAACCAUCCCGAGCAUAAACAUCGACACCAUCAUCUGCAACACCACCAUCAUCGAUCGGUGACAGGUACACGGGCUUCAUCCUCAUCCAGACAUGCCCACCAUCUGCACGGUCGGUUUUUGAAGGUGGAAUCGAUAUCCAGUGCCACCGCUUAUCGGCCUUUCUACCAAGAGUUCAAACAGUGGCCUGACUUGCUACUAGUUCGUCGGCAUACUCGGGAUCUUGGGGAAGGCAAGAAGGCUCCAUUCGCUGACGCAAACGAGCUACCGAAGGCAACAGCCCUUAAGGUAACUGAAGCGGCCGCUUUACCGGUAUCAACAGAGGUGGCUUCUGGUGCAAGGAUGACGCGUAAGCUGACCGCACGAACGGCGACGAUGGUGGCAAGUGCAAGGAGCGCAAGCGUCCAGGAGCAGAAACCUUCAACACCGAAUACCGCCAAGAAGCGGGCGGUCACUUUGUUGCAGCAUGCUUGCGAAACGGCGGCUAACGAAAGCAAGAAGGAUAAGACUGCGCCAGCACCACCGAAGGAUUGCGGAUACUGUGAAAUCUGCCGGAUAGAGUACGAUUCGCUGGCACUCCACGUCGAUUCGGAGAGUCACCGAACGUUCGUGCAGAACGAUGAGAAUUUUCAAUCAUUGGAUCAAUUGAUUGGCUCAAUCGGGGAAUUUGGUGGCAACACGGAUGAUGGUGGUGAUGGUGGUCGAUUCGAUUUGCUGGGAGGCUUGCUGAUGGACAACGAAAGGAAAGUUGGUGCUGCUGGUGGUAAUGAAGCAUCAGCUGCUGCUGCUGCUGCUGCUGGUGAUGGUGGUGGUGGUCUCUCGUUGCAUCGUGAAAACAACGAAACUGAUGAGAGGCUACUGCAGCUGAUGGAAGUGGAGCCGCAGACGGGAAAGCGGCGCAACUCCCUGAGCACAGCAACGGUGAAGACGACGGUGACGACGACGACGACGGCCGCCGUUGACGAACAACAGAUCGACAAAUCAACUGAGCUGCACAAAACGAUCAAAGAACCCGCGAACAGCAGCAGACAACAACGGUAUAAUUGGAAUGUGAAGCAGGCGAGAAAUAACGAAGCAAGCUACGAGGAACUUUUGAGCAGUAGUUGCGUCGCCAAAGCUCCGGAGAGUGAUGCGAAGCAACGUACAUCUGUGAAGAGGCCAACAGUGAAGGAACAGUCCGAAGGCCUCGCGGAGCUAAUCGAUCACGACGCCGCUGGUGAGAUCCUUAGCGUUCCUCCGGGGGAGAGUACGUUGGAGGAUCAAGAAAACUCCAGCUUGAUCAAGCGUGCCAUCGCGUCGGUAAUUGCAUCAUUCGACGCUGGCAGUGAUGAUGAAGAAGAUGAAAGUGAUUCUUUGGUUGCUAGCGAGCACAACAAUACUUCGCCGCCGGUGGUUAAGGUGAAAAAGACACGUAAAGAGUGUUCCGCAGCGAGUGUUCAAGAGUGUGGUACCAGUAGGGGGACACCUGUGGUUAGUAAAGAGGCUGGACGUGAAGGAAAACCCGCGGAAAGUGAGUGCAUAGUGGAACAAUUUAUCGAUUUUGUGGUUGAAGAAAAGGACGAGCAGUGCAGUGUGAACGAGGGAAGAGGUAGAAGAGCUAGGCAGAUUGUUACUGGCGUGGCAGUACAUACCCCACGACGUAGCAGUCGAACGUCUGGCGCCGCCAUCGAGGAGCCCGUGCUGUCGGGAACGGAAGAAGCACAACGAUCGCUAGGCUCCUUAACAACAGAACAAGCGCAGGAGAGCGGUGGAAUGUUUGGGCGACGAUCAGCAAUUCAUCAUCAUCCGCAUAAUCAACUGAAUCAUCAUAAACAUCAGAAGCACAAAUCGACGCUCAGUGCAUUGCUACUCAAGCAGCAACAAGAACGCCAGCGGCAGCUGUUGGAGGAGGUACAGCAGCGGCGGGACACCGCUAGGGUAGAAUCCAACUGUGAAGCGCAACCCAACCUAAGUUCCGAUCAAAAUUCCUAUCACGAUCCCGUUGAUCAUGCUGCCGGAAUGAAAGUUAUUAGUGAUUAUCACCACGAGCAGCAAUCAGCAGAGCUGGAGAAAUUUUCUUCCGAAGUCAGCGGAGUAGGCCUUGAGCAGAAACAAAAACCCUCCGUCGGUCGUCGUAAAAGGGGACGAGGGGCAGGAACGGUGGCCAUCGGCCAUCGGCGGCAGCAUCAGCAGCAGCAGCUAGAGGCACCGGAGUGCCAAAACAAGACGCUGGCAGCAGCGAUGGGACUGAAAGCGUCAACGACUGCCAUGAACAAGCAUCAUCAUCAUCAUCAUCAUCUGCCGACCGUUGACGGAGGAAGUGAUGUUGUUGUUGGUGGUUUAGGAGCUAAGACACGCCUCGCUGAAGCGGCACUGCUUGAGUGUGAAGGGCUGGAUCCAAAAAACACGAAACGGAUCAGCCUAGGUUUGCGCCAAAACCCGAAACGGGCGAACCUGAACGACGACUUUACCAGUCUGUUGGAUGAGACGCUCGAACGUUCGAGACUGAUAUCGUCCUCGUCCACUUCCUCAGCCGCGACGACUACUUCCGCAGUACCGAGCGCGGCCACGUCGACUGUGGUGGCACGAAAAGCACAAGCCCGGAUACGACCGUUACAGCACAAGACAAAGGAUAAAGAUAAACCGGGUAAAAGGAAAGAGCGACCGGACAUCGAUACUAACGAUUCUGCCGCCCAUACUCUUGAGCAACAAUCCAUCGGCGGUAUCGCUGGUAUGAAGCGGGGUUCUACGAAAAAGGUUGGCUCGGCCGCCCUGGAGGACAUUAAAGUACGUGGUAUACGAUGGCGAGCACCGAGCCCGGCUUCGAGACCACCGGUCAAGUCACCGCUUUUGUAUAAAGUAAUUGAACCUUCCAUGCCACCGGCCACUGCUGGAAAUGAUGACGAGACUACAGGUACAGCGAUGGCUCGGGCAGCUGGUCAGGGCGAGCAUGAUGCGUCCAAGAGCGAACGAAAGACAGGCGCCCAAUCCAGUCAGCGAUCUAGAAAGCCGAAAUCGGAUCAACAGCAGCAGUCUUCACCAACAAAGAACGGGUUGAUUGUGAAGAUCCGUCGGGUUCGGCAGUCGGAGCUUAGUCUACUUAACGAUGAGGCGGAAAAUUUCAUGUUUCCCAAGAAGGACGAGAGUAGCUCGGACUCGGAUACGGAUGAUGGGCGCCAAACGUCAUCGGAGGGUUGUCGGGUGCCCGGAGCGGAAGCUGGUGUUGACCCGACAAGAAACAAUUUCUCUCUCGAUAUUCCGAGCAGUAGCGAGCUGGAGCGAACAUCGAAAUGUGUCGAGGAUGAAGAUGAAGAGGAUGAUCAUGAUUCCGAAAUGGAACAUGAUGAGGAGAAUGAUGGACGAACAACCGGAGCUGCUCAGCGCCGGGAUCUUGCUGCUAAGGGGUGUAGGAAGCGUCGAAAACCGAGUUCUUCCAACAAACUGCAAGCAGGUGCAAGCAACCGUGGUGAAUCCGUUGAAAGUGAACCAUCAUCCUGUGCAUCCUCUUCCUCAGGCUCGUCGUUUGUGAUCGAACCGAUUGUCAAGCGGGCCCGGUUCGAUUCACAGUUGAUGACAACGGCAGCCGACCGGUUAGGCAGCGGAGGUGUCAAGUCUGGGCGCCGGAAAGCAUCCUUUGGAGCUGUUGGUGUGUUUGAUGAUGGUUCUGAUCCUCCGGGAAGCAGGACGCGAUUUCCAACGGCCCCCAUCCAGCCAACCCCAGUAGCAGUCGAUGAACGAAUGACGUCGACGACGGCAACUGGUGGCAAGCAGAGUUACGACAAUGAUGAUGAUAAUGGUGAUGAUGAGGUAGAAAAUGAUAACAAUGCCAAGAAACGAGUGCCAUCGUCCGGCCGAGGCCGGGGGAAGAAAGGUCGGUUGCGGCAGGUGAAGCAUAUGGAUAAGGAGCAUCCUAAAAGUAUUGACACGCCGGAGAAUGAUGAAAUCACCGGUGGUGUGCUACCACUGCGUGAGGAUUCUGUGUCGAGUCCAAGUCAAUUGAGCACCUGCACCUGCUACAACACCGGCAAUGGGUCCAGCAAUGGGGCUGUGCGUAAUCGUGGCCGCGGAUCCGGACGGGGUGGUAGUCGCCGUGGGAGACGUGGUCGUGGAGGAGCCGCUUCUGUGGCUGCUCGCUCAUGGGCAGCUCGUGGACGCGGCAGUCGUAUGCCCCUGUGCGGGUGUCGUUUGCAAUUGCUCGAUGCAACGCGUAUGCCACCACCAGCUUCGCCAGCAUCGCCAGGCCGCCAUGACACGUUAGAGUCUAGGAGUGACGGCAUCAUCGGAACGGGUGUGGUGUUGGGUACCAGAAGAUCCGGCGCGUCGAAAACGAAAACUACACCCCCGGCGUUGAAAAGUCGGCGAGGAGCCUCGGCCAAAGCAGGACCGGAUGAGGUGGACCAUCACCAGUCGCAUGAAUCAUCAUUAUCGUCAACGGAAGCCAUCAGCGGCAGCUACAACAUUGCCAGCAAUAGCAGCAGCAACAAGGGCAAGGAGGAUGGGAUGGGGGCAGUAUUCAAGUGGAUAAACUUUCGCAAACGCUGCGAAGAGAUCGAACCGUAUCGGUUCGCCUUCGAGCGGGUACCAUCGCUCGAACCAUGGUACGAAACGUUCCAGCGGCAGGAUGAUGCGACGGAGCAAGUUUACGAGUACUUCGGCAGUACAGCUUACCGGAAACUGCCGUACGAAAUGGGACCGCUACCGGCGCUGAGCCAAAACUGUUGUAUACUAAACUAUAAGGUAGUGGCGUGUCGCAAGUCAAACCGGACCGCGUCGCAACAAUCGUUUUCACCUUCCUCGGUGGAACCAUCUUCGCCAUCGAGUAAAUAUCGAGCGGCACCAUCCUCGGAGGGGCCGGGUGGUGAUUUGGAUACUAAAAAGUCUCCUUCAUCAUCGUCCCUUUCAUCGUUGCCACUCAAGAAACGGAAACUGCUGCUCGCAGAGGGUGCAGCGAAUAGUAGUUGUUCAAGCACUAGCACCGGUAGUGGCGGUACUGGUACUGGCUCGGGCGGAGCUGGAGAUGGAAGCGGGAGCUCAGGAAAUCGAAUAGCGCGGCUCAUCGCUGGCAGUGACCGUCCGAGGAAGUCUCCACGGGAGCACGCUUCAACGUUGGCCAUACUUAGUUUGCUGUCACAGCAGCAGCACCGCAAACGAGCAGCUGCCAUCAAGAUACUGACCAGUCCGAAGAAGGCAACGACUACGACCGCACAAUCACUGCUGGCAAGCCAAGAAAAGCAUCAUCAUCAUCAUCAAGACACUGACAGUAACAGUGGACAUGGAGACGAGCAGCAGCGACCGUCCUCGGCCACCGAUCGGAGUGGUGUUAGUGGUGCUGGCGGCUCUUCCAUCAAAUUUGAACGUCCCCUCUUCCCAGACAGCAGCUACAUCAACAGUCGCAACCUGUGCAAGGAGUUGGACGCGUUUUUGUCCGAAGAGCUGGAGCAAGUGUACGGGGACUCCACCUCCGUCAAGCCAGCGCUCGAUGAAAAGCAAGAAGAACGACAAGCAGAAGCAAAGGACGGCACACCGGAGGAACCAACGACGAAACAGCGACUAGAGCUGAAGAAGAGUGAUGAACCCUCUCUACAGUUACCGCUCUCACCAUCGGUACUCCGCGAAGGGGUAGCGAUCGAACGGCAGCAACUGCCUGUGAGCAAGCGUGAUUUGCUGGAUGUGUUGCAAACGGUGCGCAGGGAACCACCGCUUAGUCUGAAGCUAGUGCAGCGUUGCGAAACUGUCGUGAAAAAGAUUGUUCAAUUCGACCGGAAACCUCGAUCAAUGCUAGCCUCGAACGGUGGCUAUGGUGGCGCCGUUAUCGGUUUGCAGUUAUUCGAUGGUACGAAUGCUUCCGCACUCGGUGGCAGCGGUUCCGGUUUAGGUGGUGGUGUUGGUCACAGUAUGGCCGGGUGUGCCGGUGGAUCUUUUUUGAAAAAGCGCAUCAAUCGGACCGGUUGGCCAACGAACAAACGCAAAAUCGGAACACGGACGCGACAGCAAUCUCGUUUCCUGCGACCCAUGAUGCUCUCUGCUUCAUCGGCCGAGUCUAAGCCUUUGGAGGAUGUCGGCGAAGAAUCGGUGCCGGUGAUUAAGAAAGAAAAAGAUGACGAAGAGGAUGAGGAGGAAGAAGAUGAAGACGAGGAAGAGGACCAUUCUGAAGUGCGACAUGGUGAAGCUGUAGAGCCGGAAGUGGAUGAACGUGAACAUGAUGAUAAUGACGAAGAAGAGGAUGAUGAGGAAGAGGAUAGUGGCCCAGAGGAGAACGAAGAGGAGGAGGACGAUGGCGAAACGGUUAUCGAGAUGGCCCAAAGGCGGCGAGGACGACCGACAACGGUAUCUUCCAAAAAGGCAGGUCAAAGUAGUAUUAACUGCAGUGGCAAGGGCAGCGAGAGCAGCAACCAAGUACUUGCAAGCCAUGGGAAAUCAGAGCGUAGAAACCACCACCAAACCAACAACCCUGAAAGAGUAACAGAACCGGUAGAGCGUCAGAAACAACAGCUUCAGCGUCGACGGAGCAGGAAAAGCAGUGGCUCCUCAACUGCAACCACAGUGGCAGUUGGUAGCAGCGAUUGUGUUGCCAUUGAACGAAAAACAGUCAACUCUAUACCCGCCCAAGAUGUUACAGAACAGCGAAGACCACCGACAAGCUCCUCCUUCUACGAUACGAUGCCAACGCUGCGGGCUGCAUUGAUGCGUGACAACAGUCAACAGAUACAGCGGCAACUUAGUCGUUCGCUUGGCACAACGCAAUCAUCACCAUCCAACACCCUGUCUUCUCUUCCAGUCUCUUCACCGCUUUCAUUAACACUUCCUCCUCCAUCGCCAAAGAUCUCUCCGACAGUUGGCCAACAAACGUUAAUGAAUUCCCCUCCGAAACCAACUGACCCAUCGAUGCAGCAGCUUCUCUCACCGGGAAGUCGAGUGACGGCGUCGGGUGUGGUAGGUACCGCCUGUUCCAAGUACGUUACCAAAACGACCACUACGAUGACCCGAGUCGAUUACACCGGUGGUCCAGUGGGAGGUUGCGCUUCAAACACCGACAGUGGCCCUGCCACUAACCAUGCAUCGAACAGCAGUAAACCGAAGCGAAAGUCUCGUGAUAUCUUGAGGAAUGAGGAAGCGGUUGCCUCACAACGGUUCACCGUGGAUGACGUCGGUAGUAGUACUAGUACGAUGGUCCGAAUGAAUCGUUAUCCAGCACAGCGAGGUUCGACAACGAACAACACGAUCGAUGAUGAUGAUAAGGAGUGCGAUUCAAUCAGCUCACGAAGCAUAUUCGUCAGCGAUGACUGUGAUACGACCUCUUCCUCGACUAUGGUGAACGCUCCGCCAGAAGAUGCACCGCACCCAACCGUGGAUCGACACUCCGUUACCACUGGCCACAUCACUACAGGAAUCCGUGACAAUGACACACCUACUGUCGGAAGCUGGAAGGACCGUGAUCAAUCAGUAACAGCGGAAGAUGAAGAGGAUGAGCACGACGAGAGGGAACAACAACAAUCACGAUCUGUGGUAGUGGGUUUGCAACGUUCUCCGCGGACACCGAGCGAACGGAUACGAAAUAAAUUGGUAGCAAAGAACCGUCGAAUGUCGGCGCUCUUCAAGCGGCGCUUAUCAACAACGGCUACAUCUUCGCCGGCUAGGGUCGUCAAGCUUUCGCCCGCCAAAUUGAACGUACUCAGCAAUAACACUCAAGCGACAGUACCAGCGAAACGGCGUGGCACAACAAAACCGAUUGAACCGGUAUCACUACCACCACCCUCGAUGAUGCCCCUGUCUCCUCCCUUGACCACGUCAACCUCGUCGUCUUCAUCAUCAUGUGCCGACGAUAAACCCAUGUCUCCGGCGGUGGCCGUGACAGCAUCGAACAUCCCAGCAUCAACUGAUAAUUCCGGCAUCUUUGCAUCGCAGCCGUCGAAAGUGAAAACCCGAUCCGCGACCAAGGGUCGACCGCCAGUACGGCGGACGUACAGUGGCGUAUCGGGUAGUGGGCGGGGGAGAACGAAAAAUGCUUCGAUGCUGAUGAUGGAUCAUCUUAAUACAACAACGAUCCGGUUACCUUACGUGAGUCUCGUGAAAACGACAUUCACCGGGAUCGACAACGAACCGUCGGUGAUGACGAUAGCCAAUAGCACUCCAACUACUACUAGUACCACUACAACAACAACAACUGCUUCCGAAACCACGACGAUCGAAAAACCGUCUCCGAAGCGUAAGGGUGCCAAAAGAGCUAAAGAAGCGAAGCCGGGUCGACGUGCCAAACUGGCGAAACGAGGAAAGGGUCGCGGCCCUCGGAAGCAGCAAAGGAAAGUACCUCACCCUGCCACAGAUGACACUGAGGCGGCAGAAGAAGAGCAUGAAGAGGAGGAAGAGGAAGAAGAUGCUACUCCGAUAGUGAAAGUGCGUCGACGAAAGCAAAUAAUCGCGAAACGGGAAGACGACGAGCGGCUAGAGGAGUUCAAUCACGAUGGGGGGGACGAUGGUGAACAGCAUCCUGUCGCACCGGAACACAAACCAACGAAACGGAAACAGCAGCUUAAGCUGAAGUUGUUCAAUCAUGGUAAUCAUCACUAUACCUACGAUAGUACUUUCUCUGUGACAACAACAACCACGGCGGAGGGCAGCAAGGAAGCGCAAGUGGAACACAUCUCCAACGGAAUCCUUGAGCAUGAUGUUGGGAAUGCAAAUGAAGGGUUAAAGUGCCACGAUAGCAACGUGAUGUCUAGUGAAACGGACGAACCGGCUGCACAACCGGAUGCCGACGAGCACCCGCUGGUAGAGGAGCAUUUGAUUGAAGAUGAGGAACAUUUGCUAGAUACUGAAGACUCCGAGGAUGAUGAAACUGUUGAGGGAGGCAAGGGUAGCACGAAAAUUGAAAUGCUCGAGCUGAUGGAGGUGGUAGAGAACACCGGCCACGAGGAUGAGGAAGAUGAUCAACGUGGGGGUGAUGAGGAUUACAACGUGGGAGUGAUGGGCGAAGAUACAUUCCUAACGGGGGAUGAGAUGGAAGUAGAAGAGCAGGAGGAGCAAGACGAUCUAGAUGAGUUGGAGAGAAGCGCCACACGUAUUAUGAACAACGAUCACCCGUAUGCCAACAGCUCUGAAGAUUUAACUCAUCGGCAUCAUCAACGGUACAAUCAUCGUCAGCAUGAUCAUCACGAUCACGAUCACCACGGUGUAACUACGGACGAAGAGGAGACGGAGUAUGUCGAGGUGCACGAGCUCGAGGCGGAAGUGGAAGAGGAGGAAGAGGAAGAGCUGGAUGUAAUGGGUGAGGAAGGAGACGUGGUAGCAGAGGAGGAUCAUCUGCAUCAACUGGGCGAAGAUGAUGACGAGGAGGACGAAGAGUCGAAUGAGGAAGAGAUCACUCAACGCACUCUCCUCCAUGCUUCUCCGCUGUCGAACAACAGCCACACAGUGACGGCCGCCAGCAGUUUGAACUCCUCCGCUGGGAAGACAUCAACUGGAACUGCAACUGCUACUGCCACCACCACCACCAGCCCUAACAAGUACAGUCCACGGAAGUUGCGGAAACCUCGUGGCCGAUGGUACCGGGAAAGGUGAACGGCAACGAUGGACACCGCCAGCAGUAGUGGUUCCAUCCGAGCUGCUAUUUUUGUUAUUUCGCCCGCGUAAGAUAUGAGCAAUAGACAGAUAAAAGAGAGAAAGGGAGAGAAAAGGAAUCCGAUAAACGGGGAGUAGUCAGGUGGCGCUGUUGUUAGCAUGGAUUCGAAUUCACACGCUCUCGUAUGGUCGUCGUAUCGUUGUGUGCAUGUGUUUGUUUGUUUCCAGUUUUAGUUUAUUUUAAUUUAAUUUCUAUCAUUUCUCAUUCAUUUCGCGUGUCUACAACGUCAACAACGUCAUCGUAUCGUCGGUCAGCAGCUACUUCGUUUUUUUGGCAGAAUAGAGUGAAAGCGCGAAUAGACGGACCGAUGUGUGGCCCAUCCAGUUUAGAAGGGGAGGUAAAUAAUGCUUAUAAGUUUAGUUUAUCGUUUCUGUGUUUUUACCGGUUCCGGAUUUCCUCCGUUUUAUGUUUGUGCGUUCGCAAUCGCUGGGGAGCGGCUGUGUAGAGGAGAGCCGGGUAUCAUGAGUGGCCCGGCGAGAUUCUCGUCCCACCACCAUAAUGUGUAUAAUUAUUAUUUUUUACAUUACUGUGUCCCAUAAGCACCAACAGGCUAAUUUAACAAUUCAUCUAAAUUCAUCCGACCAGAGCGUUAGGGUUAGGUGUACGGCCCACGAGAGUAAGGAUCUUUGUACGGAACUGUCUUUUGUAGGGUAAUCGUAAGAUCACGAAAGAGGACCAUGCGGUGGAAGAAGAGCUUACGGUUUGCGGACAGAUGAUCGAAGUGCUGCAACCGUUUAGGAAAAGUAUGUAAGGGGAGAGGGGACAGUAGAAAGCGCAUGCCUUUUGCUGCAUAAUUGUUUGUUAAGAAGGAAGAAAGAGAGGGAACACAAGGAAGACGUAGAGGAGGGAUAAUAGAAAGGGAAAAAACGAGAAACAACUACUUUCACGGAGAGUGGAGUGUGACAAAAGAGAACAUUAAACGACUGUCUGAUCAUGUUUAAAAUGAA